CGCUGUCUUUCCGUAGCGAAGCGAGAGCGUCUAUAGCGAAAGAUGGCCGACAAAAGAGCAGAUUCUGGUGUUGGGUCAGCAGCAGACAUUGACAAUCAUGGCAGUGACUCAGACAGCACAGAGGAGCCAGUGGUAGGAAAUGUCAACAAGUUUGCUGUGGUGCCACCAAACUACAGUGGCAAACCAAAGAAAGGCCACCUGAUCUUUGAUGCUUGCUUUGAGAGUGGUAACCUUGGUCGUGUGGACUACAUCACAGAGACAGAGUAUGAUUUGUUCAUCCGACCUGACACGUGCAACCCUCGGUUCAGAGUUUGGUUCAACUUCACUGUGGAAAAUGUCAAAGCAGAUCAGCGUGUUAUAUUCAACAUUGUGAACUUCAGUAAAACGAAAUCAUUGUAUCGAGAUGGCAUGACGCCUAUGAUCAAGUCUACCAGUCGACCAAAAUGGGUGAGGAUUCCAGGGAAAUAUGUGUACUACUACCGAUGCCCUGAUCAUCGCAAAAACUAUGUGAUGUCUUUUGCAUUUAUAUUUGACCGAGAGGAUGAAGUGUACCAGUUUGCUUACUGUUAUCCGUACUCCUACACAAGACUCCAAAACUACUUGGAUAACCUGGAGAAAAGGAACUACGAUUUUUUCACACGAGAGCUCUUGUGUUUAACAGUGCAACAACGUCGGCUUGAUCUUCUGACAAUCGCUAGUCCAGACCUGCAAGCUUCUGAUAACGAAAAGCUGAAGACAGUCCUCAUCACAGCCAGGGUCCACCCCGGAGAAACGCCGUCAUCAUUUGUGUGUCAAGGUGUGAUUGAUUUCCUCGUAAGCAGCCAUCCCAUCGCCAAAAUCCUGAGAGAGCAUCUGGUUUUCAAGAUCGUGCCCAUGCUUAACCCAGAUGGUGUCUAUCUGGGAAAUUACAGGUGCUCCCUCAUGGGUUUCGACCUUAACAGACAUUGGCAGGAACCGUCUCCCUGGGCACACCCGACCUUGUACGCUACCAAGAACUUACUCAUGGAGCUAGAUAGGAAUCAGCAACACGACAUGGACUUCUACAUCGACCUGCACGCCCACUCCACCCUCAUGAAUGGCUUCAUGUACGGCAAUAUCUACGACGACAUGGACCGCUAUGAGAAGCAAUCAGUGUUUCCCAGACUGCUCUGCGGCAACGCGGAGGACUUUUCCCUGACCAACACCAACUUCAACAGAGACGCAGUGAAGGCUGGGACUGGCAGGAG